AUGGGAGAGCUGCCACCCCAGCUUUGGAUCAACAUCUGUUUGUUGACACUUAUUUUGGACGGUUGCGCAUCCGUGAGCCUCCCCUGUCUCAAAGGUAUAACUACCAUCAAUGUGAUAUUACUGGAUGACGACGUUUCACCCUGGACUAUUAAUUCUGUGAGGGAGGCCGUGGAUGAGGCUCUGGUCAUUGAUGGCUCGAUCAACUAUGAUGACGGUAUUGCAUUCAACAUGACUGCCAACUACAGCGGCUUCCGGACUGAGUUUUACAGACAACAAGGCUGCCGCAGCAGUAGCUGUGAAGGAGUUCAGAUCCUGAAGUCACUAGUUGGAAAUGGCGAAGUUGGCUGUGUGUUGAUGGGACCCACGUGCACAUAUGCAAUCUUCAAUAUGGUGGACUCGGACGUGGGUCUGGACGUGCGCGUGCCGGUCUUCUCGGCCGGAGCCUUUGGCCUGUCCUGCGACAACAAAACCAACCUGAUGCGCAUACUGCCCCCCGCCCGCAAGAUCUCCAACUUCUUCACACACUUUUGGAAGCACGAAGACAACUGGAAGCCAAUUUGGAACCUGACCUACAUCUACAAGAACCCCAACUAUGAGACAUCAACCGAGGACUGCUUUUGGUACAUCAACGCUUUGGAGGCGGAGUCAAUGGAGUUUGCGUUGAGCCUCAAGAAACGUGUUCUGCUUCGAAAAGAGGAGGAGCUGAGGGAGGCUCUGGAGAACAAAGCAAGGGACAGCAACCUCUUCAUCGUAUGUGGAACCCCUGCGGACAUCGUCCACCUGAAGAAUACCACUAGUGCUGCUGGCUCAGAUGUCGUUAUCAUUCUCAUCGACCUUUACAAUGACCAGUAUUACAGAAAUGCGUCCUCUCUGCCAGAGAUGAGAAAUGUGCUGGUACUGACCAUGCCCAACACGAGAAACUACACCGUUGGAGAAACCAUCAACACCACAACCAACGACUAUACGGUAGCUUACCAUGAUGCCGUGCUGUUUGUGGGGGAAGUGAUGCGGGAGAUCCUGGCCAUCGAUGGUUCCGUCCACAUGAUGGCAGAGGAGCAGAGCAAUUUGACAACCAAAUUCAGAAACGUUACUUUCCAAGGCAUGGCUGGAGUCUACCAUCUGGAUGAAGCGGGGGACAGAGAUGUCAACUUCACUAUCAUUUACACCAACACCACUGACCAGUACAAAAUCCUCUAUGAAUACAGCACCAUCACCAAGGUGACCACGCUUGUGGACCUACAUCCCAACUUCAUCUGGUCCUCUCGUCUUCCUGAGGACAGCCCUGCCCUCAAGACAGGCCUACGGGAUCAUGAUGUCAUAAUCAUCGCCCUGGGAACCACAGUGAUGGGUGUCAUGGCCUCCUUGGCUUUCAUCUUUUACUGGCAGAACAGGGCAUACCGCCGCAUCCAGAAGAGGUGGUCCCACAUCCCCUCUGACCUGGUCACUCCUCUGGACAGCAGUGCACUGAGCACUGUCUGCCUGACGAUUGAAGACAAGAGCCAUAAAGAAAAGGAGAGGAGCUUCAGGAUACGCCGUGCCCGAUAUGACAAAAAGGUAGUGAUUAUGAAGCAACUGGUUCAUUCGGAGGGCUACUUCACUGAGAGCCAGAGGAUUGAACUCAAUGCUCUGCUCCAUAUCGAUUACUACAACCUGACUAAGUUCUAUGGCACGGUGAGAUUGGACCAGGACGUCUUUGGUGUUUUUGAGUACGGAGAGAGAGGCUCAUUAAGAUAUGUGCUCAAUGACAAGAUCUCGUAUCCUGAGGAUACCUUCAUGGACCGGGAGUUUAAGAUAUCCGUCAUGUAUGACAUCGCCAAGGGCAUGUCUUACCUGCACGCCAGCAAUAUCGAGGUCCACGGACGACUGAAGUCCACAAACUGUGUGGUGGACAACCGUAUGGUGGUUAAAAUCACUGACUUUGGGUUCCGAACUAUCCUUGUCCCUGGCAGAGACCUGUGGACGGCUCCAGAGCACCUGCGUAAGGAGGGUAUCUCCCAGAAAGGGGACGUCUACAGCUUUGCCAUCAUCGCCCAGGAGAUCAUGCUGCGCAGGUGCACUUUCUACACAGAGUCCGUCUCAGACCGCUCUGAGAAGUUGUCCAGGAUUCAGUACCCCAGUCUGUACUGUUACUUCCGCCCGGAUCUCUACUUUGACACGGCAGAAGAGAGAGAGCAGGAGGUGUUCAGACUGAUCAAAAGCUGCUGGGAUGAAGAUCCAGAGAGGAGACCCGACUUCAAGAAGGUGGAAAUCACCCUCGGCAAAAUCGUCAGCAGCCUCCACAACCAGGCUAAUGAGAGCUACAUGGGCAACCUGAUCCGACGACUACAGAUGUACUCCCGCAAUCUGGAGUACCUGGUGGAGGAGAGGACAGCACUCUACAAGGCGGAGAGGGACCGCGCAGACGACCUCAACGUCAGACUACUGCCUGGUCCAGUGGUGCGCUCACUGAAGGAGACGGGCAGUGUGGAGCCGGAGCUGUUCGACGAGGUCACCAUCUACUUCAGCGACAUCGUGGGCUUCACCACACUCUGCCACUACAGCACGCCCAUGGAGGUGGUGAACAUGCUCAACGACAUCUACAAGAACUUCGAUAGCAUCCUGGACAACCAUGACGUGUACAAGGUGGAGACGAUUGGUGAUGCGUACAUGGUGGCGUCAGGCCUGCCCAAUCGUAACGGCAACAGGCACGCCACGGACAUCUGCAGCAUGGCACUGGACAUCCUGGCAUUCAUGGGCACGUUCGAGCUGCGCCACCUGCCUGGCAUCCCCCUGUGGAUACGAAUAGGGGUCCACUCAGGUCCCUGUGCGGCUGGUGUGGUGGGCAUUAAGAUGCCAAGGUACUGCCUGUUUGGUGACACCGUCAACACCGCCUCCAGGAUGGAAUCUACCGGAUUGCCCCUCCGAAUCCACGUGAGCCAAUCGACCAUCAAUAUUCUGGAGCGCUCAGACAGCGACUUUGAUUACGAGAAGAGAGGAGAGACGUUUCUUAAGGGCAAGGGCAAAGAGAUGACAUACUGGCUAACCGGCGAUAAUAGACAGAAGUACAAUUUGCCAACCCCUCCAACAGCUGAGAACUUCCAGCGUCUGCAGCAGGACCUGGCUGAGAUGAUCCGCGUAACCCUGUCCAAGCGCCUCCCGGGCCCAGAGAAGAGGAAGACGCUGUCCACGCGCCAGAGGAGGGUGGAGCUUCACGGCGGCCCGCUGGACGACGAGGACGAGCCCGAGUACCUCCACCUGGCCUCCGCAGACGACACCAGCACCUACCUGUAGCUCACCCGGCCUCUGUGGAAGA